UGGCAAUGGCUGGUGAGAAGAAGAACAAGAACACUAGUACAUUAAGGGGCUGCAUCAAGAAGAGCAAAGGGCCAUGGGUUGUUCACAGAACCACCAAAGAGGGUGGCAGAGUCACCAGGUAUCGGUUCCCCACCGAGGACGAGCGCCUGAAGAACAAGCAAAGGGAGCGCAAGCGUCGAGCCGUAGCUCACAAAAUAUUUGCAGGGCUGAAGGAGCAUGGUAACUACAACCUUCCAAAGCGUGCUGAUAGCAAUGAUCUGUUGAAAGCUGUUUGUGAAGAGGCUGGUUGGCAUGUGGAGGCCGAUGGAACCAUUUACAGAAAGAAAUCAAGGGCAACAAUGGCGGUCUCUAUGGUUCACUCUAGCUGCCAAUUUGUUGAGGAUAUUGGUCAAUCAAGAGAUGAAGAUUACUGCAUAUGCAAUGAUGAUGGAAAUGUUGCAGCACCGACCCUCUUAUCACUAGGGCUCGGGCGUUCCCAUGAAUGUCAUGAUAUUAACUUGAUGCUUUCACUCUCCAUUUCCAGUUCCUUCACCUAGGGGUAAUGAACUUCUUUGAUAUGGGACUUGGGAGUGUAUUUAAAGCUAGGGAUAAAGUGUUGUCUAGCUUUUGUUCAUCUCUUUUCAUAUAUAUAUAUAUUUAGAGAGAGAGAGAGAGAGAGAGAGAGAAAUUAUAAGAAAAUAGGAAAGCAUUGCACUCAA